GUGACAGAUAUUUGUUCCGCCAACAGAGGGAGAGACAGCAGCAGCAGCGGAGGGCUAGGGCCGCAAAGGCAAGCAGGGCAUUCGUGAGCGAGGCCGCUACUUCAGCAGUCAUGGCAUCUGCUGCGCAACAAAGCUCUCAAGCUAGUGGUUCAAGUUUUGUAGGGUCAAUGGUCGCACAAACCUUGAGUCAGUCCACUGGCGUCAUGGCAAGCCAGCCAAUAGUGUCGAAGCCCGAGGAGGUCGCCAUGCAGCGAGCAGCUAUUCGCGAGGCACAGCUACAGCAGGCGUUAGGAGAGAUUAAGGCAGAAAAAGAGAAGAUGGUUAGAAGAAGAGCCAAGAUGCAGUGGAGACAAGCGGACGUUAGCAAGUUAGAGGAGAUGGACUUUACGAACAUGGAUAACGAUGUGAGGACCCUAUGGUCCGUCCUGCUAGAUGUAAUAGAAAUGCAGGACCUCCAGAAGGCUCUCCUUCAGGACAUUCAGCAAAGUCGGGCCGUACUAGUCAGGCGAGCGCAAUCAGCACCAUCACCGUCUGGGCCCAGUGCCUGGCCCAUUGUGCAUCCUCCUCCUUUUGUCCCAUCGGUGAUUGGGGUAUCCCCAUAUGUCUCUCCAGCAUCGGUCCAAGCCGCUUCCCUAGGAAUGUCGCUAACAAGAGGGUUCUCAGCAGGUCCUGGUGUACAGAUUCCUGUACAGACAGUGUACUCCCAACCUCCGUCGCAGGUUGCCGUUACGGGGCAGCCUGCUGUCUCGCAACCUGCACAGCCGCAGGGCACACAGCCCGAGCAGCAGCAAGUGCAGCAGCCUGUUCCCCAAGGUCCACAACCUGGAGUGGGACAGGUGCCGGGACAAACACCAUGGGUUCAAAAGAUGGCCAUCGCCUCGCCCAAACCCUUUUCAGGGGACAAGAGGGGCGAAGACCUUGACACAUGGUUGAGGAAUGAUCAUCAGACCCUGAGGUGGAUGAGAACCCAGCCUGUGCUCUCUGAUGCGCUGAAACGCUGGAUCGAAGUCAUUGAGCAGUAUGACUUCGAACCCCAGUAUCUCAACGAUGAGGACAACGAAGUUGCUGAUGCGUUGUCGCGUAGGCGAUAUUUCUCGGGUGCGUUGAUCACUGAGUUUGGGCUUGCGGAUGAUGUUACUCGUUCUUUGGUGGAAGCCUAUCGUGAGGAUCCGUUUAUGGCCAAGAUCAUACGUAGACUCGAGGCGAAGGACAAAGCGACUUCAGCCAAGUUUGAGUUGGUCAACGGCCUGCUGUUCCUUGAGAAGGCCGGGAAUAAACGUUUGUGUGUGCCCAAUCGGGAGUCUUUGCGUAGUUUAUUUCUAGCUUCGGCUUCGGAGAACGUCCCUUGCCUGUCGCUCUUGCUACUGGCAUUUCUCUAUGAUCCACGAUGUCGUCGAUGUCGACCUCUCCAUCCAUGGUUGAGGGCAGCAUUGAGCGACGAGAAGGAAACUGGUCAGGUGGUUCAUGUCCGAACAACCAAUUUGACGUCGCUGGAGCUGAGCCUGACUCUGAUGGCACCGAGCUAUCUCAAUCUGUCGCUCUUGUCGGACCGCUUUGCACCGAGUUCGGUGUCUCCGAGAAGCGUCUCUUCCGAGCUGUUGCAACGGCCAUCCAUGGUCAGGCAGUCGGGACAGAGGGGCGAGGAGGACCGCCUGCCAAGCAGCAAGAAAAGCUCGCUGGAUUUUGACAGAGACAUUCCUGGCGGCGGCGGCGGUGGUGCGCUACGGAUGUCCCCUGCCGUGGAACCGAUCCAAUCGAGCCAGCAGCAGCCGGGUGCAUCUUUGCAGAGCAAGGAGGCGAAACAAAGACCUCUCAGACCCUCACGAUCGCUGCCGCCAAUUCAACGCAUGGAGUCGUUAUUGGAUUCAUCUCCGGUGGUGGUCAAGUCACAAACGGCGGGCGGGGGGGGAGGAGGAGGAGGAGGAGGCAACAGCACCGGUGGCGGCUUGGACAUCGAGCCAUCGCGAACACACUUGUGGCUGCAAAGCGUCGUUCCACUUGGGCGACUACCAGCGAAGUCCACAACUGCAAUCCGGUGCGACCUGCUCCCGCUCACAGACGGCAUAAUCGCGCUAGAUACAUUGCAUCUUGCCACCACGAAACGAGGUACKYCAUGAACGGCGYUCUUUUCCUUGGACGA